GCUGAUUCUGAUCACAGGAGUGUGCUCAUCAGGGAGGGAGGGUCCUUAGAGAGAUCCCAGUGCAGGGGUAUCAAAUAAAUGACAGGUCUACCAUCAGAGGAGAUGGUUGGAUGGCAUCACCGACUCAAUGGACAUGAAUCUGAGCAAACUGCAGGAGAUAGUGAAAGAUAGGGAAGCCUGGGGUGCUGCAGUCCAAGGGGUGGCAAAGAGUCAGACACAACUGAGUGACUGAACAACUAUCAGAUUUCCUUUCUCUGAAUCCUCCUCAACACAGUGCCCCAUCCAGAGCUAUUAUCUACCAACUGGAUCUGACAGGAGAGUUAACAGCUGCCCUGUGGUUCCAAUUCCAGACCCAGGAGUCUGAGCCUCAGUGAUUCCUCUCCAGGGGAUUGAAGAGCCUCCACCAGAUCCUAUAGCUUGGAGAGAGAAGCUGGCCAGUUCUCCCGAUCCAGACCCCAGGCUCUUUUUCCUGACAUCAGACUUAUUACAUAGGGUGACACCCAAACCUUCCUGUCUUCCCACUCCCUGUGAAUCAUUGCUGGCUGCUGCCAAGAACCAGGUUUCACAGCUGCUGUGCUUGCAGCCCUGGCACUGGCUUCCGAGGACAGCUGCUGCUGCUGCUGCAGGGCGUGCCCUGCCCCCAGGGCAGCUGGUUUGUGGGCCGGGAAAGCAAAGAAUGGUGCUGAAGUACAGUUUUUACUUUUGGCUGAGUCACUGAACUCGGAACAGAUCCUCGCUCUGCCUAAUGCUAUCUGGGUGACCAGGGACUCAUCACUUCACCAUCUCACUGACCUUCAGGAGUUUUGAGGACAAAGCCAGGGUUGUAACUCAAGCAAGGAUUCUCCAGAUUUUCUUCUCUUCUCUGGAUUCCUCAGAAGGACUUGAUCCUGCCCUGGUCACAGCAGGGCCCAGACUCUGGAGCCAGGCGCUUGAGAAGCACAUAUGAACAAGGUGUGUCCACAGCCUACAAGAAGCUUCUGCCUGAUGACUCUUCAAAUCAGUAUUGAAACAAAACCCACACAGGCAAGACCCCAUCCACAAAUCUGCAGUCCUGCAGGUAUACUCCAAAACCUGGGCAAAAAAAAACAAACCAGAACUAUCUGAGCCAGUAGCUGAAGCCAAUAUGUAAGUCAGACUUUGGGAAAAGGAGUGGCUGGCGUGAAAGUUCUGCCAGGGUUUGCCUGCUCCUCAGGGGACAUCUGGCUUUCUGGUGGUGCCACCUGGCGAGAAGGAAACUGAGGCUGAGAGAGGAUGGAAGUCAUAAGCAGCCACUCAGGGACAGGUCCUUGGAGUGGAGACCUUUUCUAUGUGAGGGGGAGCAUUGCAUCCAGAAGGCUGGGACAAUCGGCCGUCAAGUCCUCAUGGACCUCAUGAACUUGGCCCUUGUAAGAGCACACAGAUUCAAACGAACACAAAACAUGUUCGUAGCAGGCUGGAACUGUGCAGAAAAUAUGCCAAGAAAAGCAGCACGGGGGGUUGAUAAAGCCCUGCCCGGAGACCAGCCCCCUGACGAGCUAUAAUUGCUGCGCUGAGUCCUGUUGCUGCCAUUCUCGUGGCGGAGGCAUCUGGGGUUCCAGGCGGGCAGCAGCUGCAGGCUGUUUGCCUGGCUCGCGGGAUGGACUGGCCAUACAACCUGCUGUUCCUUCUCACCAUUUCCAUCUUCCUGGGGCUGGGCCAGCCCAGGAACCCCAAAGGCAAGAGAAAGGGGCCAGGGCGGCCUGGGACCCUGACCCCUGGGCCUCACCAGUUGCCGCUGGACCUGGUGUCCCGGGCAAAGCCCUAUGCCCGCAUGGAGGAAUAUGAGAGGAACCUGGCGGAGAUGGUGGCCCAGCUGAGGAACAGCUCCGAGCCGGCCAGGAGGAAGUGCGAGGUCAACCUGCAGCUGUGGCUGUCCAACAAGAGGAGCCUGUCACCCUGGGGCUACAGCAUCAACCAUGACCCCAGCCGCAUUCCUGCAGACCUGCCGGAGGCGCGGUGCUUGUGUCUGGGCUGCGUGAACCCCUUCACCAUGCAGGAGGACCGCAGCAUGGUGAGCGUGCCCGUGUUCAGCCAGGUGCCUGUGCGUCGCCGCCUCUGCCCGUUGCCGCCACGCACCGGGCCCUGCCGCCAGCGCGCGGUCAUGGAGACCAUCGCCGUGGGCUGCACCUGCAUCUUCUGAGACAGCCCUCCCCGCACCCCCUUGCCUAGCAAGGCGAUGAAAAGUAAAGGCUGUCUUUUGUAAA